GUUGAAUAAUGGAAGCAUGGCUCUUAUUGUUGUACAAAAUACUUCUCGAACAGAUUUCAUAAAACAUCUGAAAAGAUACGCCAGCGUAAAAAAUCAGUUCAAUUUUCCCUUUGUUGAGACCUACACAGUUCAAGAAGUAAAAGUACAACCAAGGCUUAAAAAUGGGCUUGAAGCCAAGGAAAAUACAUAUUUGAAUGCUGCUUCUGCAGAAGGAAAUUACCCUUGGAAUAUAGAUGGAGACUUAAUGAAAGAAGCAUCAGAAGUUCAUGUUCGGGUGCAUCCUCAACUUAUUAAUCUCUACGGAGUGAACACUGAUGACCUGGAGAGUUCCCACGCAACAUGCAAUUGCAUAUAG